AUGCGUGUCUCGAUUCCCACCUUGACACUCCUUGCCGCGACGACAGCCACAGCAUCAUACGUCCUCGAAGAUGACUAUUCCUCAUCAUCCUUUGCAUCCAUGUUCGACUUCUACACUGGGGACGAUCCCACCAACGGCUAUGUCAACUACAUCAGCCAGGACGAAGCCACCAGCUCCGGGCUAUACAAGCUCGACAAUGGUGCAGUAUAUAUGGGAGUCGAUAAUACAAACACUGCCUCUGGCCGUGGUCGAAACAGUAUUCGAAUAAGCAGCAAGAAGACCUACAACCACGGACUCAUCAUCCUGGAUCUUGCCCACAUGCCCGCCGGAGCCUGUGGAACGUGGCCGGCCUUCUGGCUCCUGGGGCCCAACUGGCCAUACAGCGGAGAAGUCGACAUCAUCGAAGGAGUCAACGGCCAAACCAACAACAACAUGGCCAUGCACACCGACUCGGGCUGCUCAAUCGUCAACACGGGCGCAUACUCUGGUAGUCUUGAGACGGCCAACUGCGACGUCAACGCCGCCGACCAAGCCACCAAUGCAGGAUGCUCGAUCAGCAGCGGCUCAACGAGCAGUUUCGGCAGCGGCUUCAAUUCCCAAGGCGGUGGCGUCUACGCGACCGAGUGGACCAGCGAAGCCGUCAGCAUCUGGUUUUUCCCCCGAGGCAGCAUCCCCAGCGACAUCACCAGCGGCAACCCGGACACAUCUGGCUGGGGUCUCCCGCAGGGCCAGUUCGCGGGAUCGUGUGACAUUGACUCCAAGAUCAAGAACCAGCAACUCGUGUUCGACGUGACCUUUUGCGGCGACUGGGCCGGCAACGUCUGGUCCACCGAUGCCACCUGCUCCGCCAAAGCAUCCACCUGCCAGGACUUUGUGCAGAACAACCCUUCGGCCUUCCAGGACACCUACUGGCUGAUCAACAGUUUGAAAGUCUACACUGAGAACGGAGGCGGUGCCGCCACCACCACCACCACCACCAACACUGCUACCGCCACCUCGGCUGCUUCAUCAGGUUACGAGACCACCGUCACCGGCACACCCACCACCUUUUUCACUCUUCCAGCAUCAUCAACUUUGCAAACUUCAGAUAUUGCCGUCCCCACUACAACCUCACCCGCGGCCGUUGUGACCACCCCCGCCGCUACUACUUCCGUCGUCGUCGUCACCACCGCUCCCGCUGCACUUACCGAGACCACAACCCCUCCAGCUGUAGCUGCAACUACAACCGCCGCUACCACCCAAGGGUCGUCGGGUGGCGGCCACUGGGGCGGCUGGCGUCACGGCGGCAGUUCCGGGUCAUGGGGAGAUUGGGCCAGCGGCCACAGUUUUGGCGGCAGCAGUCGAUGGAGGAGAUGGUUUUCAUGA